CCCUGCCCGCUGACCAAUCGGGGGGGCGGGAAGGGGGCUCCGAACCUGACGUGAUGGGACUCGGCGCGGCCGUCCCCGGGCAGGAGCACGCGGGCGGCGCGCGGAGCGGGGGACGUGGGGCAGGCGGCAGGGCGGCGGCGGGCAGUCUCCUCUCCCCCGGCCCCUGCGCCGGACCUGGGCCGGCCGCGCGGGCGGAGGGCGGCACUCCCCCCCCGCCGGCUGCGCGCCGCCCCCGGGGGGCGGCGGUGAGAGACCUGCCCGGCGCCCCGGUGUUUAUUUUUACUCCCCUUUCUCCUCCCCGCGCGCCUUAGAGACCCCGGCGCCGCGGGCGGGCCAUGGGUGGUGGCGGCGCAGCCGGCCCGGCGGGCGAAUACUGAGGGCGCCCGUAGCCCUUCGUCGUCGGGGCGCGUUCGCACCAUGUCGGCUGUCGCCUACGUGGACUUUGUGGCGGCGCAGUGCCUGGUUUCCAUCUCAAACCGCUCUGCCGUGCCCGAGUCAGCGCGGCUGAAGGUACCGGACGAGGGGGAGGCGGCCCGGGAACUGCGCGACCCCCGUGACGCCUGGAAGGACUACUGCGCCCUGCUGGCCAUCGCCAAGAGCCUGCUGGAGCUGAACAAGUACCGGCCGCUUCCCGCCCCCUCCGUCUGCAGCGACAGCGUGGAGAGCCCCGACGAGGACGCGGGCUCCGACAGCGACGCGGCCACCGAACCGGGCUCUAGCCCGCCUCGUAGCCCGCCGCCGGGGCCGCCCCCUCGCCUUCGAGCCGCCGGGGCCGCUCCCAAGGGGAAGCUGGUGGCCGAGAAGCGGCACAAGUGCCCCUACAACGGCUGCGGCAAGGUCUACGGCAAGUCCUCCCACCUCAAGGCGCACUACCGGGUGCACACAGGCGAGCGACCAUUCCCCUGCACAUGGCCUGACUGCCUUAAAAAGUUCUCCCGCUCCGACGAGCUCACCCGGCACUACCGAACCCACACCGGUGAGAAGCAGUUCCGAUGCCCCCUCUGUGAGAAGCGGUUCAUGCGGAGUGACCACCUGACAAAGCACGCCCGCCGCCACACCGAGUUUCACCCCAGCAUGAUCAAGCGUUCCAAAAAGUCCAGCUCCAGCAGCUCCUUGUGAAGGCAGGGCUGGCCUGGGGAGAGGAGCUGAGGGUAUGCUGAGCCAUGGUGAGGAUGCAAGUGGUGGCACCGGUGCACAAGCACUGCUGUGGCACUGGUUGCCUUGCCAUGUGAGAGCACGUGUAGCCAACAUUCACACACACACACAAAAGAGUACUCUAUGCCUUGCUGCCCAUCCUCUACCUCCCCAUACUGUGCUGGGAAUGGUAGUCUGGAGCAAGUGGGCUGCAGGAUGGGAGGAGAAAAGGGGAUGGCCAGCAGAGGAGGCAACCACCUCCUCUAACAUAAAGCAUUGAUACUGGUGUACAUACAUUAGAUUGAAUGGCCUGGCCCGUGCCACCACAGUAGCGUGACCCCAAGGUCUUUGUGAUUGCUGUGUCAUGAACAUGUUUUGUUGAACAGUGUAAUGCUGCUUGUAUUUAAAGUCUGCCAACUAAAACUGCUUUUCACGUCACGUAAAUAACUCAGAUAAAAGCUCUGUAGCACAUUGUAGAAGUGGGUUUACUUCUGUCUCAGAACAAUCCUGCGUUUAAAGAGACUGUUAAGAGAAACAUUACAUAAGUUACUAAUAGCAUCUGAUUGAUAAUACUGAGGUAAGAUGAAUUUAUACUCAAGAAGGCCCAUUAAAGUAAAUGGGUCUUAAUUUGUAUUAAUGAUACUUUUUGCAUAUAAGCUGCACUUUUCCAGUGAAAACAUGUAUAAUUCAAGAAGAUACUUAAAAAAAAAAAAAAA